AUGCCUCGUCCCAAGGUUCGUGCCGAGGAUCGUAGACGCGCUGUCAUUGCAUGCGUCCCUUGUCAGAAUAGCAAGAAGAGAUGUGACGGGCAGACCCCAUGCGCCAAUUGCCGCCGGCGGGACUACGUCUCCUAUUGUAUCUACGAUCCCGAGGCUGCUCGACCGCGUCGCAAAGCACAGCGUCGAGCGAUGAGUCGGAGUAGUGACAUUACUGCGAGCGGUAAUGAUGACUGCUCCAGUCUCGACUAUAUCGUUUGUUCUGACGUAGCAUUGUCCGUAAAUGAGCGCGAUACACCUGAGCGGGCGCAGGCACCCCAGACGCCAGAGUCGACAGCUGCACAACAGACGAACGAAACCCCCGACACAGCGUUCUCGUCUUGCAUGUCAAAUGUUGAAAGUCAAGACAAGGGUUCGGAUGGGGAGAACCUAUCAAUGGGCGAUUCCGCAUCACUGUCGUUCCUCGACUUCCUACGUCACACAUUUCUCCGUUACAUGGGGCCAUCGCCAUUCACUGAUAAGGAGCGCGCCAAGGCUAUGCUCGAGUCAUCGUAUCCUCAGGCCUCGCACGACAUCGCCGAGGACAGCCCAGAUAGCCAACUGACCUUGGAAGAGAAACGAGACUAUAUCCAGAGAUUCUUGGUGGCGACAACUGGCAUCAUAUACAUUUACUCCCCCAAGCAACUAUACGAGCUACUAGAACAGACUGAGGACGACUGCGGCUCUGGUUCAUCCAAACCUUGCCAAAAACGUGCCAUCAUCGACUUGGUUAUUGCCGUCGGCGGACAAGGUUGCAGAACGAGCCCAAAGACUCUUUAUCACGCACAGAAGCACUUUGAUCGUGGUCAAAAGGUCGCUUUUGAGGGUAUGCUACUGGACCCUACAGCUGACUUAGUAGCUAUCUUUCUGAUGAUGGGUAUCUACAUGGUUAAUGCGUGCAAGAGAGACGGAGCUUUUAUAUACCUAGGCGUUGCGACGCGCGUGGCACAUGCGAUUGGUCUACAUCAACCCGAGUCUUAUCGUAAUCUGUCACCGGAAACACAUCGAUUCAGGCUUCAAGUAUGGAAAAGCCUCCGAAUCUUGGACAUCGCGUUCGGGGGAGUCCUCGCCCAAACCCCAGCAUCAUCUCCUAGACGCGGGAUAAGCAAUCCGACGUUUUCAGUGCCAGACGGUCCAGAACCAUGCACACCAGAGUUUACAUCCAUGUCCGCAUGCUAUGGAGUCUGCACCAUUCUUGAACAGAUCAUAUAUCACCUCAACGACAAACAAGACACAAAUCUAAGCUCGAUAAAAGACCUCCUCAGACAAUUGAGAGAGUGGAGCUCGGCACUACCAUCGAGCAUGACAAAUUGCACGGUCAGCUCGUCCAUUUCACCAGAGCAGUGGUGGCAAACCUUGGGCAACUUUGCUGUCUCUGCCUUUUAUUAUUAUGCUGUCAUGUUGGCUACUAGACCGAUUCUGAUUUCCUAUAUGCUCGCCAAGCUGAAGCGCUUGGACCGAUCAGAUGGAACUUUAGGGUCGCAUCCUGCAAUCGAUCGAGAGACGAAGGAGUUAGCUCAGGUAUGCAUCGAUGCGGCUGUCUUGUUGGUAGAGACAACGCGGAGAACGGGGUCUGCUGGCCUGCUUAUACAGAACAUGACAUUACUCAAGUAA